AGAAAAUGGGCAAAAACAAGGACAUGAAUCCAGUGAUGAAAAUGCGAAAGAAGCAGAAAAUGAAGGAAAGAGAGAAAAGAAGAGAAAUUAAACAAAAAGAAGAUGAUUUUGGAGAUAGCUAUAACCCUAAUGCGAUAAAUGAACUUAAGAAUCAUGGGAAUAGGUUUGAUAAAACUGAUAAGGAGCAUUACCAACAAAAUCCACUAACUUGGCAACAACUUCAGAGUAAUCUGUAUACUGGAAAUAUUAAUAGGUUAACGAACGACUCAUAUGGGUAUCAACAGGAGCAGCCAGCUCAAGGUUUUGGAAAUGGGGGAUAUACUAGCCACGAUAAUUAUGGUCGAAAUCCUGCUCCUCAAUGGCAAGGUGAUAGUUUGACUAGUCAACCUAUUUUAUACAAUGGAGCUCCUGAAGAUUCCAAAGAGCCUAGCAUUCCUAAAAUUCCAUCUUUAAUGAACCAACCUCCAAAGCUAAUGAAAGAAAAUGAAAGGAGAAAAAUGAAUGAUGAGUUUGAUCCCUUGAAUCCUAAUAAAGCAAAGAGGAAUUUCAAGUUGGAUGCUUAUAAAACUCCUGAAGAAUUAGCAGCUGAAGAGAAUCCUCCCCCAAAGCCUGAGCCAGAACCUGAGAAAGAGAAAUCAGAUGAUGAAAAAGAAAAACCCGAUCCAAUGACAACUAGUAAUUUCGUCCCAUCUGCAGUGCGGAGGCGAAAGAAUAAGAAGAAGGCAGCUAAAAUUAAAUCACAAAAGGUUGAAGAAGCUCCUAAACAAGAGGAAGCUAAAAAGCCUGAAGAAGAGACUACAGGAAUCAAGCCUAUACUUCCUCCAGGGAUGAUGGUGAAUCCUUCUGUGAAAACUUCUGAGGUUGAUAUAGAACAACCUCAAGAAAUUCCUGAGAUUCCGGAAAUUCCUGAAGAGCCAGAACCAGUUGAGAACAAGGAAGAUGAGAUUCCUGAUAUUGCCCAAAUUCCUGAUCUUCCUUCUGAAAAUGACUCGAGUGGAAGUGACAACGACGAGGAUGCAAUGGCAGCUCUAAUGGGAAGAUAUUAAAUUCAACAUUUGCCAAAUUUUAU